GUUCAUUGGAAUUGUUGGUGCUGGAAGUGGCAGGUUGUUAAAAUGGAGGAUCAAAGCACAAGCAGUAAAGAAAGGAUUGAGGAUAAGUUUAGAUGGACGAUUGAGAACUUCUCCAAAUUUGAGUCCAAGAAGAAGCUGUAUUCUGAGAGUUUCUUCCUUGAUGGGCAUUCAUGGAGGAUUCUUAUUUUCCCAAAGGGAAACGCUGUGAAGUACUUGUCAGUUUAUUUGGAUGGUGAGGGUCUUGCUAAUUUGCCUUAUGGCUGGAGCAAAUUUGCAAAUUUCAAGUUGACUUUAAUCAAUCAGGUCAAUACCACAAUGACAAAAGCUAAAGAAUGUGAACACGAGUUCAAUGCAAGAGAAAGUGAUUGGGGUUUCACAACGUUUAUACCUUUAGAUGAAUUUGAAGACUCUAGCAAUGGGUUUAUUGUAAAUGAUACUUGUAUAAUUGAAGCUGAAAUUUGUAUCAAGAAGUCAGAAGAUGAGAAUCAAGUAGAUGAUGCAGUUCCUACACAAGUUUGUGCUGAACCCAUUAACCAUUCUGAUAACACAACCUCAUUUGGUGAACUAGUGGAUUUCAGAGGAUUAGGUAAAAUAGAAAAAGCUUUUGUUCCACUUCUAGAGGAAGUGUGUUCUUUGCAUCCCUCACUUAUUGAUAGCCAACAAAAGAGGAGUCGUAGGUUUGCUGAAUGGGCGUUGACCGCUUUAGGUCGAGUUCUCCAUUUUCUUAAGGUUCAAAAGGCCAAAGAUAUGAAUGAUGAAGCUUGCAAUCAUCUCCAAAUUUUGUGGGAGGAACUUGAGAUUUUUAAAUUUGAUUUGACUUGGCUAGAGCCACAUGUUCAAUCUGCCUUAGGAAUGAAAAGUUAUAUAGAAAAAGCUUUGGAAGUGAAAAUGAUGAAGGAGCAUGUGACUGCUUUAGAGAUGGAAACAAAGCGGCUAAAGGCAAAGAUUGCUGCAUCAGAGGUUGAUCUGGAAAUGGCAAGAAGGGACUUGGCCAAAGCAGAAGAAGGGUUCAAAGAGUUGGAUUUAGAUGCUGAAUUAGGAUACGGAGGACCAUGAAUUUGUGUCACUUAUUGAAGAAUUCAGUCUCUGUUAUUCAUAAGUAGCUCAUGAAUAGUGUAUUUGUGAACAACUCAUAACAUUAAUGUGAACAUUGAUGGUUGUGUUGCCUCAAAUGGUUUCUUAAAUUGCACUGAUGAUUUUAUUAG